GUCGUGGCGUAGCUACAAAGAAUAGGACAAUACAGGCACGCGGCGGUGACGUCAUGACGUCUGCGCGGUGUCCUGGAAACUUCAAUAGCACGCACAAGUGCAUAACUCAACUCAGCAAGCGCCGGCGUCUUAAAAUGACGAGCAAACGGAAGAAGUUGGAGAUUGUGAACAACGUCAACUCCAAGUCCGAAGACAAAGUGUCGAUGUCUCCCAUCAUCUCUGCUCUCACUCGCAACGUUGCUCUUAUGGACAUCAACCAGAGGACACUGGAGAAAUGCCAUAACCUCUCGGCAGAAGAAUUUACAGACACAUUAAUGCUCCAGUCCAGAGUCAAAGAACAGUCCAAUCUGAUCUGUGUACUGAAAGACAGAUCAGACGAACUGUUCCACCAAAGUCAAAACCUGCAGCAAGCCAAGGCACAGCUAGAGAUGCAACUUGAGAUCUGUCAAAAAGAAAUGUCGCAAAAGCAGGCUAGAGCAGAGGUGGUAGAAAAGCGGUUCAUGGAUUUAGACGCCAACAGUCGAUCGAUCAUUGUGUUCAUGGAGGAGUACAAACAUCAGAACGCGCAGUUGAAGCUGGAGAACAAGCAACUGCAGAAGGAAAACGACACACUUUUCUCCCAGAAGUUACAUGAUAAAGAGAUGGUGCUUGCACAACUUGCACUGGACAUCAAAGUGCUGACGGAGGAGUUCACAAACAAGGAGCGGGAAUAUCAGGAGAACAUGGCAGAAAUUGAAUCGACAUCCUUUACAGAAUUAACAGAGCAUGAAGAGAGGGAGGCGUCACUACUUGAACAACUGCAUGUAUCGAAGAAACAACAUGAAGCUGCAGAGCAGAUGUGCAAAGACUUAAAGCUGAAAGUUCUUAAAGCAGAGGAUCAGCACACUUUGAAGGAAGCCACUAUGAGCAAAAGCAUUACCAGCCUCACCAAAGAGCGAGACAAGCUGCUGCGCAUCUGUAUGGAAAGAGAGAACACCAUACAGGAGAAGCAUGAGGAACUCAGGCAUCUAGAGUUACAAUACAAGGAGCAGAAGAGAGCCCGGACAAGAGUAGAAGAAAGGUUUAAACGCGAAGCAGAAGCAGUUAAUGCAGAUAAAAAAGUGAAGUCUCUCAAGAUGGCCAUUGAAGAAGCCAAGACAAAGUAUGAGACGCUCAACAAGGACUUUGAGGCCUUCAAAGAACACUGCACCGGUCUCCUUAACAAAGAAAGAGAGUUGAACAAGAUACUACGACACUUGAGGAGCUAAUCCUACAGAUUUUACAAAUCUUGCUCAAUAAUAGGUUCCAAAGAGAAACUACGAGCAUUAUUAUAUAUUACAAUGUCAUCUUUAAUAUCCUUUUAAGUUUUUCCGGAUCAGUAUAAGAAAAAGACAACAUACUUAAUAGCAAGACAUAUCAAAAGUUCCUCAAUAGAAAUGAUACUGUACAGUUUAGAGAACCAAUCCAUAUGUCAGCAUUUAAGAGUGUUCCUCUGCCAGUUUCUCAGCCUUUUGAACCACUUCUUCAAUGGCACCCACCAUAUAGAAAGCCUGCUCAGGUAAGGAAUCAUAUUCACCUGGACAAAAAGGGGGGAACAGAAGUUAUACUUAAAAAUGCUUAAGUUCCAUGCCAUUUUGGGAGUGUUGUGGUGAAGCACUAACCUCCGAGAAUGCUCUGGAAGCCUUUGAUUGUUUCCUUCAGAGGCACAAGCUUUCCCAUGUGGCCAGUGAAGACUUCAGCCACCUGGAAAGGCUGGGACAGGAAACGCUGGAUCUUACGAGCACGGGCUACAGUCAGCUUGUCUUCCUCGGACAGUUCAUCCAUACCCAGAAUAGCAAUGAUGUCCUGCAAGGAUUUGUAGUCCUGAAACAAAAGUUGUUGAAUCAUUACAACAUGUUCUUACUGGCUAUUAAAAA